AGCUUGGUGUUAAUCACUCGCAGACAAAUGUGACUUCAGCUGUUAAUUCAACUCCAGUGUUUCCCUCUUCCUGUGUCUCUCAGCUGGAGCGCGACGCGUACGUUCAGGCGCUGGCGAGGUUCACGUUGUUGACGGCCAGUUCUGGGAUUUCUGAGAUGAAGCAGAAGAACAUCGACACCAUAAAGACUCUCAUCACUGUGGCUCACACCGACGGGAACUACCUGGGAAACUCCUGGCAUGAGAUCAUGAAGUGCAUCAGUCAACUGGAGCUGGCUCAGCUGAUCGGCACGGGGGUGAAAGCCAGAUAUAUCUCCGGCACGGUGAGGAGUAAAGACGGGUUCAUCACCAGCACCAAGGAGCAGAGCAACGACGAGUACCUGGGCCUGGUUGGAGGCACGGUGGACAGGAAGCAGAUCGCCAGCAUCCAGGAGUCCAUCGGAGAGACGAGCUCUCAGAGCGUGGUGGUGGCUGUGGACCGGAUAUUCACCGGCUCCACCCGACUGGACGGAAACGCCAUAGGUGAGUUUAUUAAAAACAGAUUCCUGAUGCUUUU